AUGCAGCAGCUUCCGGACGACCUCGUCGAUCUAUUCCAUCUAUAUUGCCCUGUGGAUCUGAUUGAGAAAUGGGCAAGUUGGACGAACGAGUGGGCGCGGUCGGGACUUCAAGAUCCCGAUGACCCUAAAGAGAGCGAUGCCACGGAUAAGGCUCACAACCCCCAAGAUUCUGACGAUCCUGAGGGGGGAAAUUCCACAGAUGUGACUCACAGCCCUGAAAAUCCUGGCGAUUCUGAAGGAAGCAAUGUCACGGAUAAGGCUCAUAACCCUCAAAAUCCUGGCGGUCCCAGCGAAAGCAAUGCCACAGAUGCGGCUCACAGCCCUGAAAAUUCUGAUGAUCCUGAUGAGAGCAAUGUCACGAAUGCGGCUCGUAGUCCUGACAAUCCUGGCGAUUCUGAAGGAAGCAAUGUCACAGAUAAGGCUCACGACCCUCAAGAUCCUGACGAAAGCAAUGUCACGGACGCGGUUGGAAACCCUCAAGGCUCCCAAACCUCUGAAACGCCUACUUCCUCAAAAUACCCUUGGCCACCUGUCACCUCCGCACAAAUACUUAUCUGGCUUGCGAUCCUAAUUAAUAUGGGGAUUUCCCCAAAGAGAUCACUUGCAGAACAUUGGAAGACCUCACAAGUUGGGGACAUUCAACCAACCGACCCCUUCAUCAAGUACAUGACCUUUACACGGUUCAGGGAAAUUCUCAAAUAUCUGCGUAUCUUUCCCCCUUUUGAGAAGAUUGAGGAUGAUAGAGAACGAAUGACAUUUCGGGUUCGUGAAUGGUCUGACCACAUAAGAACUACCUCAACAUCCCUCUUCGCCGGCAGCGAGCUCCAAGACGAUACUGAACGUAAGAAACCUGAGAGAAUUACAAAGAAUCGCCGUAAAAACAAUCGCCUAUACCAGCAAUUCUCUCGUGAUAACGACCACAACGACCACCUGGGCGGCGUCGAUAUUCGUGACCAUCUCAGGAAAGACAUCGGCUAUAACCAUCGCAUCCGUCGGGGCACCUGGCAGGCCGUAACCUAG